GGCACUCUGUACUUGCACAUAUGGCCUGUCAUGAUGUCAUUACGUGGGUGCAAGAGUUGACUGAGCCUUUUCUCAAGGGAAUCGCGCUGAAGAUUGAGGAACUGAACGUUGAGGCAAAUAACCUAAAGAGAGAAGUACUGAUAGUUAAACAGGGUGGCGAGAUGUAUCAUGCACGUAAUGUGCACUCUAUCUUCAAGAUCACCCUCCGAAACUGCGGUGUAUACUGUCUGGAUCUCGCGGGUGCCCAAUUUGGCUACUACAGCCCUGUCGCACCUUGGUUCGAAUAUCUUGUCAGUCGAAUCUCCUCGAUCAAGAGUUGUCAUCCUUCUGGACGCGGUAAGGCGAAUUUGUUAUCAAGAGAGCCGGAUAAUAGUCUUCCUGAUUUCCUUACCCGGGUAUUGGAUGGCUGUUCUCGUAGGACACCAAUUGCAAUGAAAGAAUGGGAAUCGAACCAUAUGACAUUAUCAACAUUUAAUGCCUAUUAAGAGUUGAGAGGGGCA